AGAGAUAAUGUUGUCUGCUUUUUGUUCCAUCUUCCUCCUCGUCUUACUUGCAAGCUCAAGAUCUUAUGCACAGCAACAAGACCCUAAUUACAUAUACCAUGUUUGUCCAAACACGACAACUUACUCCAAAAACAGUACAUACUCUUACAAUCUUAGAACUCUUUUGUCAUCUCUUUCUUCCAACAGUCGUUCUUCCUCCACUACCGGAUUUUACAGCACAGCGGCAGGUCAAAGCCCUGACUUGGUGUUCGGCCUUUUCCUUUGCCAGGGAGAUCUCCGGCCGGAAGUCUGCGGUAAUUGUGUCGUCUUUGCUGCCAGCGACACUCUGAAACAAUGUCCAGAGGAGAAGGUUGGGUUGAUAUGGUACGACGAGUGCAUGCUUCGAUACGCUGACCGGAAUAUUUUCUUGGAAUCUUCAUUCCAAAAUGGAACAAACGGAAUACUCAUGUGGAACACUCAGUUUGUUCCACUAAACCAGUCUGAUAGGUUUCGUGAUGUAGUGUUCUCUUUGAUGAACAAGUGUGUAAACGAGGCUGUUAAUAGUUCAAGAAAGUUUGCGGUUAGCCAGUCCAACUUCACAUCGUCUCGGACACUUUAUGGAAUGGUUCAGUGCAUACCCGAUUUGACGAGUGAGGAUUGUUUUAAUUGUCUACAACAGACUAUCCGUUCAUUACCCACUGACAAACUUGGGGGAAGACUUCUUAUGCCCAGUUGUAACUCAAGGUAUGAGGUCUACCAAUUCUAUGGAGAAACCCCCACAGGAGAACCUCAACCUCCUCAACCUCAGUUGGAUUCAGCUCCUCCACGACGCAAUAUAAUAACCAUAUGUAUUUCUUUGAAUACAGGAAAAGGUAGGGGUUCACAUGUCACAAUCAUCGCUGUUCUUGUUCCUAUCACAGUUAUUUUUCUUCUUCUCGUAGCUGUUUUUAUUUUUUGUGCUAAAAAGAAAAAGAGAACUUAUGAGACGGAACCACUUGCUGAAGCUGGGGAAGAUAUUACAACUGCAGGGUCACUUCAGUUUGAUUUUAAGGCAAUUGAGGCAGCAACUGAUAAGUUUUCUGAAACUAACAAACUUGGUCAAGGUGGAUUUGGGCAAGUCUACAAGGGUACAUUUCCUAGUGGUAUACAAGUUGCGGUGAAGAGGCUAUCAAAGACAUCAGGACAAGGUGAAAGAGAGUUUGAGAAUGAAGUUGUUGUUGUGGCAAAGCUUCAGCAUAGAAAUUUGGUAAGGCUGCUUGGUUUUUGUUUGACAGGAGAAGAGAAGAUACUUAUCUAUGAGUUUGUACCCAACAAAAGCCUUGAUUACUUCCUUUUUGACACUACGAUGCAGAACCAGCUGGACUGGACAAUACGGUACAAGAUCAUUAAAGGAAUUGCUAGAGGGAUUGUUUAUCUUCAUCAAGAUUCACGACUCACAAUCAUACAUCGUGAUCUCAAAGCCGGUAACAUCUUACUGGACGCUGAUAUGAACCCAAAAGUGGCAGAUUUUGGAAUGGCAAGAAUUUUUGGAAUGGACCAAACGGAAGCCAAUACGAAAAGAAUAGUCGGAACCUAUGGUUACAUGUCUCCCGAAUAUGCGAUGUACGGCCAAUUCUCAAUGAAAUCAGAUGUGUAUAGUUUUGGGGUCUUAGUUCUUGAGAUUAUAAGUGGCAAAAAGAACAGUAGUCUCUAUCAAAUACAUGGUAGUACUGGCAAUUUGGUUACAUAUGUGAGUAUACACGUUCAUAGUUAUUUUGCUUUAAACAAUGACCAAAGUUUUGAUUAUUAAAAUUAAAAUCUUUAAUAGGCAUGGAGACUAUGGAGCAAUGGAUCGCAAUUAGAGCUCAUGGAUGCAUCAUUUCGAGAUAGUUAUCAAAAAGAAGAAGUUACGAGAUGCAUCCAUAUCGCUUUACUAUG